CCUGAGCUUGUGUGUGAGAGAGACUCGCUAAGCAACGACCUGCAAACGGGCAUCCGAGCAAAAAAACAGGAACCACAUCAUUAUCGAGUGUCUCUGCAAUGUUCCCGACGAUAUUUCUACGCCGUCUUCUUUGAUCUCAUCGAAGUUGCCGUCUCCACAGAAGUCGGCUAAAGAAACUAAACAAGAAAUUAAUGCAUCUGGCUCCGCGGUCCUGUUUGAUUUGACCUGUGUAGCUAGGGAAUCCUGCAAGAGGGAUUAGCGGUCCGUCAAUGAGGAACUACCGGCUCAUCUUCUGCCACAACCUGAAGCAGCCAUAGAUGGUUCAGCGGUUCACUGGUCAGGGGAGGAGAGGAUAACACUUUCACUGCUACACGUCGUCGUGAUUGUGUUUUCUCCACUCUUUGGCUUGCAGUACGUGAGGUCUUGGCGGGGUUGUGGUGAGGAGGAGGAGGCCAUGAGGAAGAGCGUGUCUCCGUUGCCCGGCGAUGAGGGUGGGAGCUCAGCUGGCGCCACGCGGGUUUUUGGUGUUCCAUUGGACGAAGUGACACGCACACACACAAUUGGUGGCCAUGAGGUUCCUGCACUGGUGAAACACAUCGUCGACUACAUUGAGGAGCAUGGUCAUCUGGACUUAGAGGGGCUCUUCCUUGUUAAUGGAAACGCAGAGCGUGUGGAUUGGCUGCGCCAGCGUUAUGACAGUGGUGAGGAGGUGGAGCUAGAGAAGGAGGCGGACCUGGCAUCAGCAGUCAGUUUGCUCCGACUCUUCCUGCAGGAGCUUCCUGAGCCUGUUAUCCCAACGGCAAUACAGGGACACAUAUUACAGCUACACCAAGAUUACACCAAUGAAGAGGAGUUGUGUAGAAACUUAAAGUACCUGCUGCAGCAGCUUCCCCUACUGAACUAUGGCCUGCUGCGUUUCCUGUGCCGCUUCCUGGCCAGCGUGGCAUCUCUUCAGCAGGAGAGCUGGAACAUUGGGACGCUAGCUGCCGUCUUUGGGCCAGACAUCUUCCAUCUGUCAACAGAAGGAGAAGACCUUCGAGACCAAGAGUCUGUCAGCAGAGUCCUGGCAGAGCUGCUGGACAACCAGGAGGGCCUGUUCGACUCGGAGGACGAUGAUGUCUCCACCACCAACGACUACAGCUCUAUCAAUGAACAGAUCACAGAACUGUUGGAUGAUGAGAGGUGUGAGGCAGAAUGUGAAGAGCUGCCUCAGGACGGGGAGGAGGGUCCUGCCUCCUCUGACUUACCACAACACACACGCACUGAUGACAGCCCCACAGCGAGCUCCCACCUCUCCCCUAUAUCCAUCCUUCCUGCUGACUCUGCUGAGAUAAUUCAGCGAACCAUCAGGGCUGCAGUGGAGCAGCACUUCUUUGAUCUGAAAACCUCCAUCGACCAAGACCUCAGCAACUAUGACAGCCAGGGGGUGAGUCCCAAUGAGCCUGCAGACAAGGGCUGCCAAGGAGAUUUGGAGCAACAAACUGACCCUGAGGACAGUCCCUGUGACACAGAAGGGGAGACCACAAUCACAGAGACCGAGCUGCAUUUACAACAAAUCCAGAAAGACACGCAGGAUUCACUGGACUCUGGCACCACCCUAGAGGAGAGCUCGGGAAUGGAUCUGGAUACAGAGGCUGUGAAGAGAGAUGCUGAGAACAACAUCAACAAUGCCAGGCAGGACAGUGACCCCUGUGACACCAUGGAGCAGACUCAGACCGACCCCAUAAGCUGUGACUCUCUUUCAUGCCGCUGUGAUCAGAACGCCAACACCAGUCAGACCAACAGAAACUACCUUUCGCCAUGCCAACCAAACUCUGGCCAUAACCCCCAUCUCCAGCUCUUUCCUGACAACCACUGGGAAGCAUCACCCCCCUCCCAUCUCCACCUCCCUCCCAUAGAUUUCUCAUGUAUGCACCUGCAAAAAGAAGGCCACGACCCCGUCCCGGCAUUCAAAUCCUGGCAGGACGACAAUGAAAGUGGAGAGGCGCAGCUCUCCCCGCUGGCCGGUCGUAUGGUUCCUCUCCCCCUACUGCACCUGGAGGAGGAUGGCGAGGGGGAAGGAGGGCAAGAUGCCUCCCCCUCUUCCCACUACCACGCUCACGUCCUGGCAAGACGCUUCCUCGACUUCGGAGCGCACGGUGCUCAGCGCUUCCUCCAGCAGGACCCGGACGCCACCUCGCCCACCAAAGCACAGAGGCCGCGCAGAGCAUCUUUUGGCUCCAAAGAGGCAAUGAGAGGCGGAGAUUCGGUGACCCACCAGCUAACAAAAAAGCUUCAGCACCUGAAGAAGAAAAUUAAGCAAUUUGAAGAGCAGUUUGAGAAGGAGAGGAAUUAUAAGCCCUCUCAUGGAGACAAGGCAGCUAACCCUAAAGUCCUCAAAUGGAUGACCGACCUCACCAAGAUCCGCAGGCAGAUUAAAGGACGCCAGCACCACCUUUUACCCAGAAGCACGCUGAGGCACCAGGCUUUGCUCCAUUCAUACAGACGCCAUCAUGCCCCCACCUCCCCUUCCUCCUCCCCACCCUCCUCCUCUAUCUGCUCACCUCCCCAUCACACACUCACCCCCCCGCUCCACCCCUACUCAGGCCUGAGUUCUAGACCGUAUCACCUCAAUGCCAAACACCGUGCAGAGAGCGAACUCGGACCCCAGACUCGUCCUCGGAGCAACACCUUGCCCAAGAGCUUCGGCUCCACGCUGGACCAAGGAGAAUAUGACACAGCAGGGGAGGUCAAGGGUCAGCAUCCCACCAGGGAGGAAACACUAGAGCUGAUCCAGCACAGGGUCAAAGGGAAGCGGCAGGAGGACGGCUGGCCUGAUGACAUAAAGAAGAUGACUAAGGAGCAGUUGUCCUCUGAGAAGACGGUUCUUCAGAAGAACCUGCUGCACUACGAGGGCCUGCAUGGUCGACCAGUGACCAGAGAGGAGCGUCUGGUGGUGAAGCCUCUCUACGAUCGCUACAGAUUGGUCAAACAGAUGCUCACCAGAGUCAGCAUCACACCUGUCACAGUUUCUCCCUCCAGUAAGAGGCGAAGUCAGACCCUCCAGCCAAUCAUUGAGGGUGAAACCGCUCAUUUCUGGGAGGAGAUCAAAGAAGAAGAGGAGGACGAGCGGAAAGAAGGUGGAGAAGAAGAAGAGAGGGAGGAGGAGAGGGAGGAGGAGGAAGAGGAGGAGGAGGAAGAGGAAGAGGGAGAGAGCAGCGGUGGGGAGAUGCAGAGCUCUGAGGUCAUCAUGGCCGUUGACCUUGUGACCCCGACUGACGGACCAGUGAGGAGCCAGAACCAACCUGAUAGACAGAGCGACUGUCCAAUGAGAGACAAACUGGAGGAGGGGUCAGGGAAGCUGGCAAUGGACCUGCGGCUGUCCAGCUCUAACGCCUCGUCCAUGCCAGAGCUGCUGGAACAGCUAUGGAAGGCCAGAGCAGAGAAGAAGAAGCUGAGGAAGACCAUUCGAGAGUUUGAGGAGGAUUUUUAUCAGCGUAAUGGAAGAAAUGUUCAAAAGGAGGACCGGGUGCCGAUGCUGGAGGAGUACAGGGAGUACAAGAGGAUCAAGGCCAAGCUCCGCCUCCUGGAGGUUCUCAUCAGCAAACAGGAUUCCUCCAAAUCCAUCUAGACCCGUCUUCCUCAGACGCCCGCUGUCACCACACACACAUCAGCUCUCAUCACUGCUGACGUCAUCAUACCUUGAAGAGUUUAACAAACACUCCAACCAGCAACAGCAACCACAUCACGUGACUUCCCAGGAAGUCGAGACACUCAGUCAGACUUCAUGACCACCACUUGUGCGUGCUGCAUUUAUGUUGUGGAGAAAACUAAAUCAGAGUGACUUGCUGGUUCAGAGUUACAGUGUACUUUGGAUGCGUUCAUGAGGUCAAAUACUGAACGUUAAAAUCAAUAUGUAAUAAUUUAACUUGCAGUUAUAACGUGGUAACAUUUCCAGUAACCUUUUUUGAGGGACUUUUAGUCAAACUGUUCGACUAGCACUGGUCACACACAACCCUAAAGACUGCAGCUAUGUGCACAUUGGUUGUUGUUGGAGCAGUAUUAAGAUUUGGGAUGGGACUUUCUUCUGACCAGUAAAAAAUUGCAAGUAAGUAGUAAAUCAAAAGAACAUGAUCACUUUGUUGUGGCAUCUAAAAAUGUCAAAUGGUUUUUAAUACUUAAAUCAUUCUAAUUGGCCAAAUCUUUGCGAGUCUUCUGACAAAAAAAGUAAAGAUGAAUGUGCUAAAAUAACUUUUAGCUGCUUUGUUUAGUUCCUGGCAGUUCGGUUUUGGGACUGUUCUGUAGAAAACCCCCUAUUAGUGAGUGAUAUGCGUAGAAGCAUUAAAAAUCUUUGCAAAAAUGUUCAUUAUCAAAUCAUAUUCAUUUGAUAAAUACAUGAUUGUCUGUUUGACUACUAGCAGUGUCUUUGUUGGUGAUUUCAGAAUUCAGUAAUGUGGACAUUACAGUCUGAGAUUAAUUAAGUGCUUUUAAAAAGGUGACGCAAGAUGUGCAUUUUUACAGCCAUUUUCCCAUGACAUGAAUGCAGCACCAAAAUCACUCCUGUCAGCCACAACUGAUCCCUGCUGCCUCGUGUGACUGCAUAUCGUUUAAAAAACCAUGGAGAAAAAGGAAUCCUCAUUACAGUUUGUUUUCAUCAUCAUCAUCAUCAUCAUCAUCCCACAAAGACUUUGCUAUUCUGUUAUCGUGUCUCAGUUCCCCAUCGUCUAAGAAAAAUCAAACAGACUUUGACUUUUUGAUUUCAGGAACUUUUCUUUUGUCGAUCUUUGUUCUUCGUGUUGUUUUUUUCCCUUCAUGCUGAGGAAUCUUAUUGGACAGCUCGAGGACUGGUAUUUUAGACACUUGUUUCUUUGGGACGUUGCACUAUGUGACAAGUCCCUCUUUCGCCUUGCUUCAGGGAGUCACAAGUUCUCAGAAGUGGCCUCCUUGGCACGAGGCGGUUGGUUAUUUUAUUCUGUCAAGAAAACUCAUCUAACAUCCUGGAUGCUUCACCUUCUGACUGAUUUUUAAAAUUCAUUCACCAGUUUAAAAACAAGUUAAUGCGUGUAUUCUUGUUAAAGUGUAUUCAUGUUUGUGAGACACUGUUGUUCACGUUUUUCUUGAAAGACAAAAGGAUGUGUGUUGUAUUCCAAGGAAAAAGUCAUUUGUUUUAACUCUUGGAGCUGUUGUGAAAGACAGAUUCUGAUUUUCCUUUUCAUUUAUUUCUAUUCAGCAUUUUCUUUCCUAUUUUGGUAGUAUUUGUCAGCAGGAUGUACACUAAGUUGGCUUACAGUGCUUAGCUGUACUUCUCCUUCACGGAGUAACUCAGAACUUCGUUUCCCAUGAGCCUCUUGCAGAAAACCGCUGCUGUUAAGAGUUUUGACGUCAUGUCAUGAUUUUGAUAUUUCCGACUGCACUUGAAUGCAGCAUUUGACUCAAGAUGCUCAUAGAAAACAGUCCUUCUCGGAUUAGGAGAUUUUAUCUUGUAGAUGGUUGUUGCAAAAGUCAUCUGGAAAUUUCUGUUGACUUUUUACUUGUCCAGUUUGCUGCAGGUGGACAAGGUAGAUUCUGAAAGAUGGGUGAUAAAUGCUGAGGAGAGGAGCCAGUAUCUGGUCCACCUUGCUACUGCUUCUCUGAAGCGAGCAUGUUGGCUACAGGCAGUGGUAGUUUGAACGAGUUUGCAAGUAUCAGCGCAGUCUCCUGAAUGUCAGUGCCGACGCAGUUGCUGUGCAGCUGAUGCGACUGAACAACUGUGAUGCAUCUCUGUUGGUCCUUGGUUGAAGUCUGAUUGUAGCUUUACAGGCUGUACUGAAUUGAUGAGGCAACAACUCCGUCUGUGGUAAACUGAAAUUUCUUCCCAACUGAUGAGUCAGUGCCGAGGGUCUGAUAGCAUGUAGCAUGAUUUACAGCCAACAAAAAACGUUCUCAGCUGUUUGUCUUUGUUCAGAUCCGCAGUCCCAGUGGAGUUGCAUUUCCUGCUGGCAGGUAAAAUGAGGUGAGGAGGAGAGAGUUUGAGGUUUGAUACAUGCCAACGAGCUUGUCAUCUUCAUAUUUCUUUGUGGAGGUCACGUUGUCUUGUAUCAGACAGGAGUCCAGAUGUCACAGUGUGAUUUGAAAUGUGGGACAAAGAAAUUUACAACUGUCGCUGAAUUUUGGCUUUAGCUGGUAAGUUUUGUAAACCGGCUGUUUUGGCAGGCAAAGUUCUAUUAUCAGAACCUCUGGUAAAGUGGCUCGUUACUUGUGAGAUGUUUAAGACAGAUAAGACAACGUAGUACUUUUAUUAGCUGUACAGAUGUAAAUGUACCUGCCAGAAUCAAAGUUAAUGGCCACCUUUUGUCUGUCAGUGGACGGCAGGUGUGAUGGUUUGAAAUCAAAGUUUUGUAUAAGUCAAGGGUAGAACUUUUUGUGUUUGUGAGUGCUUGUGAAGAAUAUGUGGGGGAGGGUGAUGUGUGUUCGUCAGGACCGUAAAACUUGGAGGUUUGAUGUAAAAAGAUGUUAUUUGCACAGCAUUCACAGAAUGCAGCCCUUUUGUGUUUUUUCAUUUGUAUUUCUAAAAAUGAAGCACUACUUCUAUACAAAUAUAACUAUAUACUGUACAUAAAUUAAGAAAACACCCGAAGGAAUGAAUGUCAGAAAUGUUUAAAUUAUUUCAAACAUUAUGUUUGGCCCCCUUUGGUUCAUUAUGUUUGUGAUGCCCUGAGUAUGUGUUUUUUUUUAUUAUUAUUAUAAAAUGUUGCUAUUACUAUCAUAACCAUUAUUUUGUGUGAUAAUGACAGUAAUACUAAUCCUUUUUACUCAAACUGUAAAACCAGCUGUAGAAGUUAGUCUGGCACUGUGUGUGGCUAUUCAAACAUGAACCUGCUCUGUUUUCUGAUUUCUUUUGUUGCUCUGUGUAAUAUAAGCUAAUAUAGAAGCAGUACUGUAGUGAGCUUGCAUGGCAAAAGAACAUAAUAAUAUGAAUAACAUGAUGUAUUGUUUCUAUGAUUUGUGCCAUGAAGCAGCAGCAAUAAUAAAAGUUUGCGUGGAGGGUUUACAGUAUCGGGUCAUCAUGGGUAACGCUGGGUGCAAUCGAAUUUGUGUGUGAAUUUGAGGUACAAUAUUACUUUUUUUAGUGUAAUUGUUUUCAGCUUGACACACACAUUGUCUCACACAGACUCUGCUUAGACGGUGUGUUUUUACCACUGUUGUCUGCAUAAUGUUCAUGUUGGCGCUGCUGAAAAACCAAAAUAAAAUUUAAAACAGAAGGUGAACAGGGAUUGAAAAGCCAAUGACAGAUGUGUAAUAUCUGAUAACAUUCCAGUUUUUAUCAUCAUUCAGAAAGUGGAAACAAUCUAUCGUCAAUCUCUGAGUGGCUUUCUUUUGAGUGUUUAUCAUCUUUUUCAGUUAAAGUGAACAAGUUGAUUUGUUUGGGCGCCUCAGUUUGUUAAAAAUCAACUUUGUUUCUCCAUUGUGCCUGCAACAGAGUGGUAAAAUUCACAUGUGGUUCAUACGUUGUAAACUGUAAACGUAUUCUGUCUCUGCCGGUGUACAGUAUGUUUCAUCCCACACUCGCCCAUCCAACAUGCAUGGUUGUUUCACACACCUGGAAUUCACAGCAGAAGUCACUGUCAAAGAUGUCUCGCAGGUCAUCCGCUCCUCCUGGAAAUGUUGAAAAAAUGAUCAGUUUUUUUGGUCAAAAUGGCAAUAGACAACAAAAUAUAUAUUUUACUAAUCUGAAAAGGAUUUUUGAGUAAAGGGUUUUUGAAUCUUUAAAAUUUAAAGGACAAAUUCUUGUGUUGCUUACUGGUGUGAUCAAGAAAGUCAGAUACUUCGACAUCUUUGAUGGUGAAUGUUUUUGCUCUGAAUCCCUUUAAGCAGAGAGGUUUCUUUGCUUCCUCCAGGUUGUCUACAUGUGAUACUGUGUUUUAUCACACCGAUAUAGUGUAUGUAUCUAUAAAUGUUUUCUUACUUUGUGAAUGCUUUUUUCUGUUUCUUCAUUAACAAAAAAGGAUGAGAAAAUACAAUCAGUAACAGACAUUUACACAUGAAAAUAAAAUUUACAAGCUUGCCACAUCA